AUGGAGCGACGGAGGCGGGUCGCCGUGCUGGCCCUGGUGCUCCUGCUGCUCUCGGCUUGUCAUGGCAGAAGAGAGUUCUCUGUCAAGAAUCAUGAUCAGAGUCUUAUAUAUGAUCAUACUCUUGCUAAGACCAUCGUGGAGUAUGCUUCAGCUGUGUAUAUGACAGAUUUAACAGCUUUGUAUACAUGGACAUGCUCAAGAUGCAAUGACUUGACUCAAGACUUCGAGAUGAGGUCUCUAAUUGUUGAUGUGGAGAACUGCUUGCAGGCAUUUGUCGGUGUAGAUCACAAUCUAAAUGCCAUAAUAGUUGCAAUCAGAGGGACUCAAGAGAACAGUGUGCAGAAUUGGAUCAAGGACUUGGUAUGGAAGCAGCUUGAUCUAAGCUAUCCAGACAUGCCAAAUGCAAAGGUGCACAGUGGAUUUUUCUCCUCCUAUAAUAAUACAAUUUUGCGUCUAGCUAUCACAAGUGCUGUGCACAAGGCAAGAAAGACAUAUGGGGAUAUCGGCGUCAUAGUCACAGGGCACUCAAUGGGAGGAGCUAUGGCUGCCUUCUGUGCACUCGAUCUUGCUAUCAAGCUCGGAAGCGACAAUGUUCAACUCAUGACUUUCGGACAGCCUCGUGUUGGCAAUGCUGUUUUCGCCUCCUACUUUGCCAAAUAUGUACCAAACACAAUUCGACUGGUACACGGACAUGAUAUUGUGCCGCAUUUGCCACCUUAUUUCUCCUUUCUUUCCAAACUGACGUACCACCACUUCCCAAGAGAGGUAUGGAUCGACGAAUCUGAUGGCAACACAACGGAACAGAUAUGUGAUGCCAGCGGCGAAGACCCAAACUGCUGCAGGUGCCUCUCCAUAUUGAGCCUGAGCAUUCAGGACCAUUUCACAUACCUGGGAGUAGACAUGGAAUCAGAUGACUGGAGCACCUGCAGAAUCAUCACAGCACAAAGCGUUGAGCGAUUACGUAAGCAUCUCAGCAGCAACAUCAUCAUGACAAAGCACGCCAUCGAGGUCUCCAUUGUCGAGAAUAGCAUGCAGACAGACUGGAGCAGUUCCAGAUAG